AUGGCGAUUUGUGUGGAAUAAGAGUGGGAUAGUUUUGCUGGUGCGCACUUCCACUGCCGUGCAGCAAAUCAGUUGCCAGUAGGCGAAUAUAUUCUGUAUCAUCUUAGGUGCUGUCGAAAAGCUGGGAGAAGAUGGAGAGAGUGUUUCUCAAGCUUGGAAUAAAGCCGCUGCCGCCGCAAAAAGAAAUGCCAAUCGAAUCAUUCCGGAGCCGCUUAAUUCAUCCCUUUCCGACGAUUGAUGCUAUCUCAUCUGCAAAGCUUCUUCGCGAAGAGAAAAAACCUAAUAAAAUCGAGUGCGCGCAAACCCUAAAACCUCGCCAAAAUCCAACACCGUCGCCAUGGGUUGCUGCGUCCCUAGAUCCGCGCCCCCGCGCACCAGGGAGGAGACGAUCCUCCGCGUCCCGGGCGCGACGGCGCACCUCGUCGGCGACGGCGACGCGGUGGCGCUCGGCGCCGGCGAGCUCGCGGUGGUGCGCGUGGAGAGCAGGGGCGCGGCGCUCGCCACCGUGGUGCGCGUGGGGCGCGGCCUCGGGUGGCCGCUCGCGAAGGACGAGCCCGUCGUCAAGCUCGGCCCCCGAAACUACCUCUUCACCAUCCCUGACCAUGGCGGAGGCGAGGGGGGAGGAGGGUUUUUGAACUACGGGGUCUCGUUCGCGGCUGGGGAGGAGGGGAUCGGGGAGAGGUUGGCCUCUUUGGACGCGUUUCUUAAGGAGAACGCGUGCUUCUCCGCGCCUUCGGAUAGGGCGGAGAAAAACAAGGAGGUGGAUUGGAAGGAGUGCGCGCCGAGGGUGGAGGAUUACAAUGGGGUUUUGGCGAAGGCGAUCGCGGGGGGGACGGGGGAGAUCGUGAAGGGGAUCUUCAUGUGCAGCAACGCUUACACUGCUCAGGUUCAAAAGGGAGCAGAUUUGUUUCGGCCUCAAGCUGCAGGCGCCAGCACAAGUGUUCCUAACGAGAAGGAUAGAGCUGAUAGAAAUCGCGACGCGAAUAAGCGCGGAGCAAUCAACAAGAGCAUCAAAAGGGUGAGGAAGCUAUCAGAAAUGACAGAGAGAAUGAGCCAAUCUUUGCUUGAUGCAGUUGUAACACUCACGGGGACUAUAGGAGCACCACUGCUUCAAUCAAAAACUGGAAAGGCCUUUCUCGCUACGGUCCCUGGAGAGGUUCUCUUGGCCUCUCUUGAUGCCAUUAAUAAGGUUAUGGAUGCUGUAGAGGUUGCUGAAAGAAAAAGUAUUGCAGCCACUUCUGGAGUCGUCUCUGGUGCAGUGUCUAAGAGGUUCGGAGAGAAUGCGGGAGAGGCAACAGAAGACGCAUUUGCGGCGGCAGGACACGCCGUCGGAACAGCUUGGAAUUUAUUCAAGAUCAGGAAGGCCAUCACUCCAUCUUCAUCUCUCCCAUCUAGCAUGCUAAAGAAUGCAGUGAGGAAGAGAAACUGAGUGAUUUGUGCUCAGUAAUUCCAAAGCACAAAGUGUGUGGGCAUUGUGACAUCACAAUGUUCCAUUGAUUUCUAGGGUACCAUCCCUGUGACAUUCAAAAAAUGUUGUGUACCAAACGUACUAUUGCAGGCAUAAAUGAUUGUCGAUGUGAAAUGUCAAGUCAUAAGUCAUUAAAUUUAUAUCUAAAUACUAAAAAUUACUAAAUAUUUGAAAGAA